UUCACCUGGACUCAAGGUUAAGAAACUUGACAACAAUGGGACUCAAACACGAGGGAUUUCAAUUUGGGGUAACCCUGAUCAUCAUUUCUCAGAUUUUCUAAUCUUAACCGAUUUUACCUUGUAAAAGAAAAAAAAAAAAAAAAACAAUUUCAGUAAAUAGGACUUGUAGUUCAAGCAGACGUCGAUGGAUGCCGACGGCCUCUCUGUGCUGUGGUAUAUGAGGUCAAAGCCCGUGGGGAAGGUGAGGCGACGGGUUCCAGACCUCCGUGUCCCCUCUGCCUGGUACUGCGACCCAUUAGCCUGCAAACCCAAACUGGACCUGAGCCACAACGAGGGCGCACGGCUGGCAGCAGACGCCCUGCUCAGCCGAGGGUUAGUGGGAUACCGCGAGGUGUUGAACGCAGAGGGAGAAGUGGACUUUCUGUCCGAGCCGGAGAAGAAAUACAUCCUGGCACAUGGGAGACAUGGAAACACAGCAGAUGCUGGUACAGAUGAUGAUGAUGACGAUGAAGACAGGUUGUCUGCUGACUCGCAGUCCUCCACACGAUGCCCUGCAGUGUCCACAGAUAGCGAUACCCCAGUGCCAGGUUUGGACAAUGGCCCAAAUGGCAGUAGGGGAGAGUGGGUUCCUGAUGUGGAGAGCAGCGAUCCUGCAGUCGGUCAGCCCAGUGCAGAAGUUUAUGUCCAGUCUGACAGCACAGCAGCCUGCAUCAAAGACCUGGUCCGAGAGUUUAUCAGAAAGGCUUCAACGGUCCUGCACAUUGUGAUGGACACCUUCAGUGAUGUGGAGCUGCUGUGUGAUGUUCUGGAGGCGAGCAGGAAGAGGAAUGUGACUGUUUAUCUGCUGUUGGACCAUCUCAACCUGAACCUGUUCCUCAGCAUGUGGCAGGACCUGAAACUCAACCACAAAAACUUCCCUAAACUAUCAAUACACAGUGUGGAGGGGCAGACCUACUGCGCCAAGACAGGCAGGAAGCUGAGCGGACAGGUCACUGAGAAUUUUAUCAUCAGUGACUGGACUGAAGUGCUGACUGGCUCAUACAGUUUCUCCUGGCUGUCCUGGCAGGUCCACCGAAGUCUUGCUGUUUUGCUCAAGGGCAGCUUGGUCACGCCCUUCCAUCAGGAAUUCAAGAGGCUCUACAGCAGCUCCAAACUAGUCACUAACUUUUCCCCUGUGCCUCACAAUCACCCUCCUACAUCCUACAGCACCUGUACUGCUAUUUCAAGACCAAGCCAGACCACAACAAUUUGUGAAAGGACUUGGACUGAAAAAAGAAAGCCUGGAGAUGCCCAAAACAUUCAGGCAGAAGCAAAAAUGCCUGCAGAUGUCCAGUGUGCUGUUCCUGGAUCAUCCAAACUCCAAAGCACAGAACCCAGGCCUUUGUAUAAGACACAAACACAUGAACAAUCUCUUAUUCAAACCCACAUCCAGACAGAGAUGCACCCAAAGCCUCUGGUUCAAGCCCAGUUCCCUCCUGGUAUACCUGGGGUUUCUACUUUAAGAAUACUGCAGAAUGUAUCUAUGGAAAACCCAAGGCACACUGUUGGUGGUUCAUCCAUCCAGCAGAAGCAAACAAAUCCAGCACCUCUUCAGCAGAACCAAAAAGCUCAGCCAAAACCUCUCCUUCAGGUUCAAAACCAGACACAAACUCACUCAAAACCUGUGGCUCACACUCCAGUCCCGUAUCUUCAGAGUCAACCUGCUGGCCUUACUACCACAGCUGAAAGGACAGUCAAAGUUCAAGAGCCAAACACCCCACCUGCUGCUCCCGCUGGCCUGACUACGCUCCACAAACCUGAACAGAGCAAGAUACGGGGCCUUUAUUCUCAAGCCACUCAGCAUAACAAAGCUACCCUAGGCCUCUUCCCUCAAGAGAGCAGUAGAAACAGCAGACUGGCAAAGGGAAGUGAGAUUGCUGAAGGACAACAGAAUUAUCCACGAACCUUCAUUCCAAACAGGGACUCUCUAUUGGAUAAAUCCCAAGUGCUAUCCUGUCCCACCACACCACAUAAACAAGCACAGGGAGGGCCUCCAUGCACCUUUACCCAUCUAAGAGGCCACACCUCUGGGCUAGAAAUCCAGAUGGGAGCAAAGAGGCAAAUUCAACCCCAGAAACACUUCCACUCCCCGCUCCAGUCACAUGUAAAAGUGGACCCCUCGGAUUCAAAGUCAAUGGGAACUAAUCUAAAGUCUCAGCUUCAGACAGAUCCCAAGUGGUUCUCGCCAGGUGUGGGGACCAAGCCACAUCCACAGUCCCACUCACCCCAUACAUUUACACCCCCCACAAGGCUGAACUGGAUCUCCCAGAGACAUGCUGCAAGACCCACACCGGUGGUCCGGCAGAGGUCCUUUUCCAGUGCCUACGGGACAGGCCAGACGAUGGGAGGACAGCUUGGCUGGAGGCCGCUUCAGAGUAGCGUGAUGACAUCACUGGGUCGGAGCAAGAGCCUGAAUGACAGAAACUCAGCUCUCUUUAAGGGAUCGAGCCAUAACCCCAACAUAUCCAAGACAUAAAAUAAACAUGUAUGCUACUGUCUUUGCAAAAUAAGGCAACAUAUUUAAUCAUAAAGGAGAAAGUACUUGAUUCUACAUAUUUAAUCAUAAAUGAGAAAGUAAUUGAUUCUACACUGAUUCUACAA